ACAAUCAUUAUCAUCACAUAAUUCUUCUCCUUAUCUUUUUAAGCAAAAACAUUUCCUUUUUAUAUUCCUGUUUUGUUACUGUUUUCCUAGUUUCAUAUCUCUUUGUUUCGUUCUUAUCCUUCAUUAGACAGUGACUCUGUAUUGUCCUAAAACAACAACAUACACACAACUUUAUAAGAAACAGAGAUGUUGCAGAUUGUAGGCAAGUACCGGUGGAGACAAUCUUAUCGGUACAAGAAGCUAACUGAUCAUGGCGAGAGAUUGACAACACCACCACCAGAAAGAACAACGAGGUCGCCGACCAAAAGACAGAACUUGGGGAAGAAGAACGAGACUCGAGCAAAAGGGUUCAGAGUAAAUCGAUCAAGGAAGCUGGUUCUUAAGGCACUAGCUUUGCCAAGAAGGAUCUUUAACAUUUAUAUGCGCAUCACAAAUCAGAUGAACAAAGAAGGUUUAUAUCCUAAUCUUGUUUUCUCUUCUCAUUGGGGUUUCCCUGGUUUGCUGAAUUCAAGAGGUGGAUUCCGUUAGUGAGAAGAUAUCUGAUUCUCAUUACUCAAAAAACAAUGAAACAUAGAAAUGUAAACCCACUUCCAUGUUCUUCUAAAUUACGAUUUUUGGAGGAUUAUAUGAACAGAGUUCAAGAUUGUUUUUUUCUCUUCCAUAAUUCAUAGCAAGUUGUAGAGUGAUUCUAUUAGAAUCCUUAUCACUAUUGGUCAAAUACAAGUAAAGUUGUUUUUUUCUUUUAGGAAGAAGAUUUG